AGGGAAUGCCAAUCUUCACCUGACCAUGAUAAAUUUUAUGGAAAGUGAUGAGUUUAGCAUGGGGAAAGUGGCCACGAAGAGGAGACCAAUCAAGACAAGCCAAAACAACAUCAACACUAUCAUUGUUUGGGAAGGCAAUACAUUCGCUAUCAAAGAUUGGUGAAGAACUUUACUUCGAAGCGCUGGAUGAAGGGCUGUCAUUGCGGACGGUGAAUUCGUCACGAUCGGCUUACGCUUGCUUCACGUUUGUUCCUUCGUUCUUCACUCACUACGAGGUCGGUGGCGGCGGCGGCGGCGAUGGCGACGACGACGACGACGUACGCUGCAAGAUCGUGAUGAAGUCAUGUCUGUCAGUGUUCAGAUCGUUGUCGAACAUUGAGCGGACGGUGGAUACCUGUAAGGUGAGGUUGGACAGCAACGAGGCGAGACUCACGUUUCAACUGCGCUGCAAGCAUGGUAUCGUGAAGACAUACAAUCUGACGUACAUAGAGUCGGAAGCUCUCGUCGCCAUCUUCUCGAAAGACUUGUGUCCGAAUAGGCUCACUGCCCAAUCCAGGUUGCUGUGUGAUGCCAUGCUCAACUUUCAAACCAAUCAGGAGGAAGUAAUCUUGAUUGUCAACCCGCAGAAACUCAGCCUCAGGAAUUAUGUUGACGACGAGCCAGAUCCGAGCAAGGUUGUGCAGACGGAGGUGACGCUCGCGCCAGAAGAGUUUGACAACUACCAGGUCGGCGUUGACACGGAGGUGACGUUCUGUCUGAAGGAGCUUCGUGCGAUUCUCGCGUUCACGGAGGCCGUCGGCCAGCCGCUCGCCGCCUACUUCGAGACCGCCGGCAAACCCAUCGUGUUCUGCAUAGAGACUGACCCUGGCUUCGAGGCUAGGUUUGUGCUAGCGACGUUAGCCGACAGAGCUUCACAGGCAGACAAUACCGCACGCUCUGUCGCAGCAGCACCCUCUAAGCUCGCCAACGGCUCUACAGCGAAGAAGUCUGUGCGAAAGCGACCGGCAAAUUCGUCGGUAGAAGGAACGCGGUCGCAGGGAUUGCAAGGUAGAGGGCGCCAUGGGCAGGGCGAUGUCCGGCGUCAGAUAGACUCUACAGAGAUGAGGCCAACUCCUCACACCAACACUACUCACUCAGCGGACGUGCGACAGACAGACGCGGGGGCUUCACGAUCGCUCGCGCGCGGCGGCGGCGACGACAACCGCCCGUCGUCACCCGUCAUCUCACACAGACACGCGCAACAGCGGCCGGGCGUGAGGGGGCGCCAACGCGUGCCGAGACGGCAUGAGGAAGAGGCUGAGGAGCACAGUGAUGAGGAUGCAGAAGAGGUGGUGGUGCCUGGUACGCCACCGAGUAAAAAGUUAAAGUCGAUGUUCCUUGGCUUUUCUCAGUCGACACAGGGCACGGAUAGAUCGACGCAGGCCACCACGCGGCAGGUGCUAGCAGCGGACACCGAUGAAGAUGAUGAUGAUGACUAAGGUGACACACAGUUAGCACUGCAGCGUCGUGACACGUGUAUAAACAUUAUGACGUGUGUGUAGACCGUGUGACGCGUGUGCUGCAGUGGGAAUUGCCUUCUCUCUAUAUGCACUCCCAAGUUUAAUCGCUGCUUCCGUGUGUACGGUCAGACCCGUGUAGUGGACACGUCCAUAGAAUAGACACUCGGCUACAAAGAUGCUUUUUGGGGUUUCUAUUAAGUGAACUUUGCUACAGGAUUGACUCGGCUACUGUUGAACAGUACACUUUUCCAUGUUUUGUAUGCAAGAGUACAGGCAAUUAGCAGAGCAUGGCGACUUGUUACACGUGUAUCUCACCAAACCCGCGGGCGUAGACUCUGCAAGGUUGUAACAGUUCUUGUUAGCAGUGCUAGUUGUUAUUGUUGCUGCUUGUAUGCACGAGUUCGUUCCGAAGAAGUUCCAAUGUAAAUAAAGUGUACAUUAUUUCGUCAGUCA